AUACAGACUGCUUCUACAAACAUUUAUGAGAGAAUAGGUCGCUCUCAGGAGUUCAGUGAAUUCAAGCAUGGUACUGUUAUAGGUUGCCUCCUGUGCAAUAAGUCUAUCCGUGAAAUUUCCUUGCUACUAAAUAAUCCACGGUCAACUGUUACUGGCAUUAUAACAAAGUGGAAGCAACUGGGAACAAAAGCAACUCAGCCACGAAGUGAGCGGGGUCAGCGCAUGCUGAAGUGCACAGUGUGUAGAAGUCACCAACUGUCUGCAGAGUCAAUAGCUAAAGACCUCCAAACUUCCUGUGGCCUUCAGAUUAGCACAACAGUGCAUAGAAAGCUUCAUGGAAUGGGUUUCCAUGGCUGA